CCCAAGAUGGCGGAGGCGGCGCCGCCCGCGGAGCAGGAGCUGACCCGGCGCCUCCGCCGCCUCUACCCGGCGGUCAACCAGGACGAGACGCCGCUGCCGCGCUCCUGGAGCCCCAAGGACAAGUACAACUACAUCGGCCUCUCGCAGGGCAACCUGCGCGUCCACUACAAAGGUCAUGGUAAAAACCACAAGGAUGCAGCCUCAGUGAGGGCCACACACCCCAUCCCUGCAGCCUGUGGCAUUUAUUACUUCGAGGUGAAGAUUGUCAGUAAAGGUAGAGAUGGGUACAUGGGAAUAGGACUUUCAGCUCAAGGAGUCAACAUGAACAGGCUUCCUGGAUGGGACAAACAUUCCUAUGGGUAUCACGGUGACGACGGGCACUCCUUCUGCUCCUCGGGGACAGGCCAGCCCUAUGGUCCCACCUUCACCACUGGAGAUGUCAUCGGCUGCUGCGUCAACCUGAUCAACAACACCUGCUUCUACACAAAGAACGGCCACAGUUUGGGUAUAGCCUUUACAGACCUCCCUUCAAACCUCUACCCUACAGUGGGUCUCCAGACUCCAGGAGAGAUCGUGGAUGCCAACUUUGGGCAGCAGCCAUUUGUGUUUGACAUUGAGGACUACAUGAGGGAGUGGAGGGCGAAGAUCCAGAGCACCAUCAAGCGGUUCCCCAUCGGAGACAGACUAGGCGAGUGGCAAGCCAUGCUGCAGAACAUGGUUUCAUCCUAUCUGGUCCACCAUGGGUACUGUUCAACAGCAACUGCCUUUGCCAGAGUCACAGAUACCACAAUCCAGGAAGAACAGACCUCAAUAAAGAACAGACAAAGAAUACAGAAGCUAGUAUUAGCAGGCAGAGUGGGAGAGGCUAUAGAAGCCACCCAGCAGCUCUACCCUGGCCUCCUAGAACAUAACCCCAACCUGCUCUUCAUGUUAAAGUGUCGGCAGUUCGUGGAGAUGGUGAACGGCACGGACAGCGAGGUGCGUUGUUUCGGUGCCCGCAGCCCCAGGUCCCAGGACAGUUACCCCGGCUCCCCCAGCUUGAGUCCUAGACAUGGAUCAAGCAACUCACACGUCCAUAGUACCGGAGCAGAUAGUCCAACUUGUAGCAAUGGAGUCAUGUCCACAAAAAGCAAACAGAGUCACAGUAAAUACCCAACACUGAGUUCAUCAUCUUCAUCUUCCUCCUCCUCCUCCCCCUCCUCGGUGAACUACUCUGAGUCCAAUUCUACAGAUUCUACCAAAUCUCAGCAGCACAGUAGUACGAGUAACCAAGAAACCAGUGACAGUGAGAUGGAGAUGGAGGCUGAGCACUACCCCAAUGGAGUCCUGGAGAAUUCAUCCACCAGGAUCAUGAAUGGCACCUACAAACACGAAGAGAUCCUGCAGACAGAUGAAUCCAGCAUGGAAGACAGCUGUCCCCAGAGGCAGCUCUGUGGGGGGAACCACGCGGCCACGGAGAGGAUGAUCCAGUUUGGACGGGAGCUGCAGAUGCUGAGCGAGCAGCUCUGCCGGGAGUACGGGAAGAACACGGUGCACAAAAAGAUGCUUCAGGAUGCAUUUAGCUUGUUAGCUUACUCAGACCCUUGGAACUGCCCCGUCGGUCAGCAGCUGGACCCCAUCCAGAGGGAACCUGUGUGUGCUGCUCUUAAUAGUGCUAUUUUGGAAUCUCAGAACCUGCCAAAACAGCCCCCGUUGAUGCUUGCCCUGGGCCAGGCCUCGGAGUGUCUGCGGCUCAUGGCUCGUGUGGGCUUGGGCUCCUGCUCCUUUGCCAGAGUAGACGACUAUUUGCACUGACCACCAGAGCCGGACGGAGCUGACGUCCUCCAGUGCUGCCCUUCGCCCUCCGACGCUGCCACCCUGCACCACCACCUCAUCCAUAGCCUGACCUCCCUGCCACCACCACCCCCUCCAGCACACACACACACACACACAGGCUGCCUGGGCAAGGACGUUGGCUGUUCCUGACUCCAGGAACCACGGGCAGAUCUUCCCUGUCUCCUGCCACGGCUCCAGCGACACUCGCCGUUCCCGCUGGUCCUUCCCAUGUAGCGCCUUUGAUGUAGGGAUUUCUCUUGGCUUUGAUUUGAGUUGUUUCUCAUGGAUCCACCAGUAUUUGAGCUGGAGAGUUUUGCUGAGCUGGUUUCUGCUGAUUUACUUGAGGAAGCUCAUCAAGUUGGUGACAUCUUCUUCUUUUCUUCCCUCCUCCCUCCAUCGUGCACAUGCAGCGUCAUCUUCUGUGCUGGCUCCUUGAACUCUUCUCGCAGUGGCAGCUCAGAGGGAUUUUUUUUUUUUAAAUUUAUUUUAUUUGAAUCCUGUUUAUUAAAAAGGUCUCUUCCACCUCCACAAA